AUGCUGGCAUCAGACUUACCUUUUGAAAUUCUCUCGCAAAUUGCAAAACUUUUAUUAACGGAUGAUAAGCUGACUUAUAUUCUCACUUGCAAGGGAUGGAAAAUCCCGUUUCAAGAAUCGCUUUGGGAGAAUAUUAAAGUCGAUUCCAUGGAUAAACUUAAAGACAUAUGUGCUAUUGUAAAUGAUCCAACUGCCCAUGUUUUCAAAACCUUUCCAAACUUGAAGCAUCUCGAUAUGGGAUCGCUGUAUUUUUACGAUAUCGACAUAAGCGAUACAACGUAUGGUCCUCAGUGGACGUCAGUGACCAGCUUAAAGUUACAGAUUGUCCCCGAAACCUGGAAAACGACGGCCCCGUUCAUGAUCGAGGUCUUGAGAAAUAUCCCCAAUCUUCAAUCAUUAGGCAUAUAUCCAUAUCAACGUUUUGAUUCGAUGGUCUUUGACUUUAAUCGAUAUAAUGAUCUUCACCUGGCAUUACCGCAGCUGGUAAAUUUUAGGGUUCAUUUGAGGCUCACGGAUAUGCACCCAGGCGCAGUAGCAAGAAUCCCAAGUACUUAUCCAGCGCUGAGUUGGGUGUACUACUUUUGCUUCAAGUACCCAAACUUGCAAGCUCUGACAUUUUCAUCCUUGCGCCAGCUCGGAGGAAUAUCUGUUAUGGAGACUAACGAAAGAAAUAUAGCACUCCUUCGUUCGCUGGAGACCGUGUGUUUCUAUACUAAGGAGCUGUCCGAAUGGUCGCAUGUGAUAUUCUGGGAACUACUUUGUCCGUCAAAUGUAGCUAUCAAGAGCUUGAAGUACAGGAUACGAUCCAGAGACCCUGAUGUGACCUUGCUUUGUAGGGUUACUGACCGAUUACUGCAAUCAUUUAGCACAACACUCGCAAAAUUGUCGAUUAAUUGGGGCAUAAGUUUUAAUACUCGUAUUGCCUUUGAGCCAAAACUCCAGUACUCUUCGUGGCUAGUAAGCCUUAAAAUGAGGGAAUGUGGGCUAUCGAUUGCAUUGGACGAUUUAUUGGAUCAUUGUCCAUCAUUAGAGCACUUCGAGUUUUCUGAUGGGAGGCUGUACAAUAGUAGCCCAGAAACAUCUGGAGAUCCAAGGCAGCAUGGAUUAUUGCUCUUGAUACUGGAUCUUGUCAUAACAAAUGUUUCUGUGCUCAACUACGCGACUUUUAAAUGCAAGGGGUUGGAAGCUAUACAUUUGAAGAGCAUGAGAAUUUGUGGAUCGGUAUCUGCUAAAACUAGAAGCCUGUGCAUUGGCAUGUCUUGCCUAGAACUCAAGACAUUGAUCCUGGACCACGUCAAGUUCUACUCAUCCUCUGAAGAAAACAUGAGCAAGGAUCCAGACAUCAACUUGAUAUUGCUUUCCAACCUGACCAGUCCUCGCGAGUCAGCCGAGACAAUAGAGAAGAGCAAUAAAGAUGUCAAUUGGAAAUCUUUUGUGGAGUAUCUGGCCUGGUACCAUCUACGUGGGAAAUAUGAUGACAUACAUGACUCUGCCGUAAAGAUCAGACCGCUUUCAGAUCAAGAAUCCUGGACUGCAAAUGAAUAUUUUCAGGUUUCACAGUUUAAAAGCAAGACGGAUGUCUUUGAAGCUGAAGAAUCUUUGGAUGAAAAGGCUAAUGAAGAAGAUUGGAAGAAAGAUCUGUGUGGUGGCUAUGUUGAAUUGAGGUGUAGUCACAGGACGAAAUAUGAUGUGCCUUUAUCGAAUCACAGAGAGUUUUAUAUUUGGCCAAAAUCAUUUUAUGGCUUUGGUAAAGUAUAA